AUGUCUGCUCGCCAGCUCUCCCUUUCUCGUGGAAAGAAUGGACCCGUCCAGACGUUCUCAACCGCUCGCGCCAUGAACCCUGUCGUUGCCCAACUUCUUCAGCGUACCCUCCAGCCUGGUAUGAACACCAAUCAUCGGCAGCAGGUGCUGAGUGACCCUGGAAAUGUUUUCCAGUUCGCCUGUGUGUGGAACGAGAAAGUAGGCCUGAUCACUCGGCCUACAAUCGUUACCAACACCACGGGAGCCGCCAUGGUCGUUGGCGAUUUCACGGACUCAAUCGGUGAACCCCAUGUUGUCCAGAUGCCUGUGGAUGAUUUCUUUGGUUUCGUCACGACGCUCGUCCGACUGGAAGAUGCGACCCAUUUCGGUUUGGCCGUGCACCCUACUGCGCCAGAUACUAUCGUGGGACUGGCUCGACCACCUGCACCUCGUAUCGGGGCGUCAGAUGGCACACGCACCAACGACCCUGUUCCUGUCCCUGCCUCGUUGGAGCGACUGGGCUAUCCGUUGCCUGAUGAAGUUGCAGACGGUGACAUUCCCAGAAUUGUCGCAUUGCCUGUCGUCCUUCCGGUUGGACCCGGACUGACGUUCGAGCACUGUUCUGACCUUGCCGGUCCCCAAUCCUACCGCGACACUUUCCGCCUCUUCCAUGUUUGGCGGGAGGGAAUGCAGUAUCUGCGUUCCACCAACAACCGACACUCUGUCACGGUUGGAGGAACUUUGUUUGACCCCCCUGGGGUUGUUGUUGCUGGUGCGAACCCACUUGACCACGUCACUGUUCGUCCCCGACUCCCAGCUUGUCCAAUCCAAGUCCCACCAGACAGCGUCAUGUUCCUCCCUGCCCGAGCUCGUUUCCUGGAGUGGUCUGCCACUAUCUGGAUGGAGCUUGGACGUGAAAUCGAACCUGACCCUGAAGAGCCCACGGCCGCUGGAGGCGGUGGGCUCAGUGCUGACCAGAUCAAGGCCGUUGUUGAGCCGCUGGUAAAGCACGAUAAAGCAUUCGGUGCUGCUGAACGAACUACAGCCCGUUUUCGAAUCCUGCUGGCUGGCGCCCCCGUCGGGGACCAAGCCAAAACUGCCGCCAUGACUUUACCUGACCUCAAGGAAGACUUUGGGUCCUACUUGAGUCUAGGAGCCAGUUCUACUGCAGGAGAUGACCUGCGGGAACUGAUCAAGGCUCAGCUCGUACUAGCCAAUGCCAGUGACAAGUCUGUUGAUACAAGCGUGACAUUCCGCCCUGAGAAUGUGACGCUAGCAUUUAGUGACCGCAUUCGCACUUUCGCUUGGCUUGCAGUGAGGCUCCUUUCAGCCUCGCAUGCUACUGCCAAAACGAAUCUCUGCCUUAUUCAUUUCCUAUCCCCUGAGCGAGACGCCUUGUCUCUUGUGGCUGAAGGAGAUCAUCAAGCACGAACCAUCUUGAUGGCCAAUUCCACCAACAGCACCGCCCAGAUCGAGGCUACCAAGAAUAGCCAGCUCUACACUGGUGGGACCUUGGUGAACUUUCGGCAUGUGUACGAGGCUUUCUGCAACCUCCGCCUACUGUUCUCUGUCAUGGUUGCUGAUGUUACGGUACCUAUUGUCAUUACCAAGAUGUCGGAGUACGUUGGCCUACUCAUGGACUCUGCCGGCAAAGACCUCUGGGAGGUGUACCGGAACCACCCAUACUUGGCUGUCCACCCUUGGCAAGAACUCCAGUCUAUUCUGGGGGCUUUCUUGAAGCCGGCCACCAAUGCUACUCUGUAUGCAUCGGUCAUUGCUGGCACCGGAGUACAGUAUGAGAAUUUCCUAGGGGCUAUCGCCACAGCUGAUUCUCACAUCCACGACCUUCGUGCCAUCCUGAAUGGCAGUGGGCUAGGUAAAUUCGAUGGGCUACCCACGUGCUACACCUGGUUUCCCGAUGCUCGGGGCACACCGGUGCAGAUCCCCAGGAGCCAGAAUCAGAACCAGAACCAGAACCCGGAUAGGGUCCGUGGAGGAGAUCCAACCCCACAAAAGCGGCAAAAGACUGGCGACCCAGCAGACAACGAUCGUAAGAAGUUGUUGGGAAUGCUUACGUUCGAUGCGGCUAUUGCUGGUACCAACCGGCUACCCAUGGUGACUUCCCGUGCAAAGAAACGCGGGUCUAAAACCCCUGAGCGUCUAUGUAUGAAGUUUCUGACCAAAGGGUACUACUGUGGAGGAGGACCCGAGUGCAAGAUGCCUCACAUCAUCAAUCUUGACCAGCUCAAUCCGGAUAACCGGAAAAAGCUUGUUGACUUUGUGAAAGCCCAGUCCGGCUUGGGCUGGGCAGAAGGGAAGGCGCCUGCUGGUGAGACGUAG